CGCUAACAGGAAGCAGUAGACGCCUCCCUCCGUCAGCUAGCUAGCAAAGCGCUCUCCGCUACGUUCACGGAGGACUGCCAGCGAUAUAAAGGUUCGUCGAGGUCUCCGUGUCCCCCUCCCCCCUCGGACAGCGAUGGCAUCAGUUGGAGUCCUUCCUCCCGGCCCGGCAAACUGUGUGACCAAGGUGGCGUUGAGCAUCUCCUGUGAUAAUCUGCUGGACAUGGAUGCCUUUUCCAAGUCUGACCCCAUGUGCGUGCUUCGGCUGAACUCCUCAGGGUCUUACUGGCAGGAGAUUGGCCGAACGGAAAAAAUACAAAACUGCCUAAAUCCCAAAUUUUCCAAGAGGAUCGUCCUUGACUACUACUUUGAGAUGGUGCAGAAGCUCAGGUUUGAAUUGUAUGACAUCGACAGUGAGAGCUGCAGUCCAGAAGAGGCCGACUUCCUUGGACAACUGGAGUGCACCUUGGGACAGAUUGUGUCCUCGAGAAAAAUUACAAAGCCGCUUGUAAAGAGAGACAAGACGCCAGCAGGGAAAGGAACAAUAACAAUUUGUGCAGAAGAGAUGACUGACAACAGGGUGGUGGCAUUUGAAGUCUCUGCCAGGAAACUAGACAAGAAGGACUUUUUCGGAAAAUCCGACCCAUUCCUGGAAUUCUACAAGGAGACGGAAACGGGAUGGCAGCUGGCUCAUAGGACAGAGGUCGUGAUGUACAACCUAAACCCGACAUGGAAGCCAUUCAGAAUCCCGAUGCAGGCCCUCUGUGGAGGUGAAAUAGAAAAAUCUAUAAAGGUUGAAUGCUACGACUAUAACAACAGCGGAUCGCAUGAUUUUAUCGGCUCCUUUACCACGACGCUCAGCCACAUACAGCAGGCAUCCCAGUCAUACGCAGCAGAGUAUGAAUGCAUCAACCGCAAGAAGAAGGAGAAGAAGAAGGCUUACAAAAACUCAGGAGUUGUUGUCAUAAAACAAUGCAAGAUUUUGAAGGAGUACACAUUUCUGGAUUACAUCAUGGGCGGCUGUCAGAUCAACUUCACAAUUGCUAUCGAUUUCACGGGCUCUAAUGGGGAUCCCAAGUCACCCCAGUCCCUACACUACAUCAACCCUCAGGGCUACAAUGAGUAUCUGGCAGCCAUCUGGGCUGUUGGUAACGUCAUCCAGGACUAUGAUAGUGACAAGAUGUUCCCUGCCUUUGGUUUUGGUGCCCAGCUCCCUCCAAGUUGGCAGGUCAGCCACGAGUUUCCAAUCAACUUCAACCCUUCAAAUCCAUUCUGUGCAGGCAUAGAGGGGGUGGUCUAUGCCUAUCAGCAGUGUCUGCCUCAGGUGAAGCUUUAUGGUCCAACCAACUUCUCUCCAAUCAUCAACCAUGUCGCCCAAUUUGGCCGAGAAGCCUUACAGCAGCAAACCGCCUCUCAAUACUUCGUCCUAUUGAUCAUCACCGACGGAGUCAUCACCGACAUGGACGAGACGCGGAACGCCAUCGUCAACGCCUCCCGGCUGCCAAUGUCUAUCAUCAUCGUCGGAGUGGGAGGGGCUGACUUCACCGCCAUGGAGUUCCUGGACGGAGACGAUGGGAACCUCCGCUCGGCUACGGGCGAAGCCGCCAUGAGGGACAUCGUGCAGUUUGUGCCGUUCAGGCAGUUCCAGAAUUCUCCUCGGGAAGCUCUUGCUCAGAGUGUCUUGGCAGAAGUCCCAGGUCAGGUGGCAGGCUUCUUGAAAACGAUGAGUCUGAGCCCGCCUUGCGGCGACCUUCCUCCUACCUAUAACGACGUGGCAUCAGCGCCCCCAGCUGAUGCACACUGAGCACCAACCUUUUCCUUCUACAAACGCCAUGACCCUUGAACUUUAAAACCCCUUUGUAAGAUGUUCCAGUCUUUCUAGCAUGUGCUGCGCAGAUCGAAGGACAAGUUAGUUUAGUUAUUUUAAUACUAAACAGCACGUUUUAUACAAUGCUCACAUUUACCAGGUUAAGUUUUAUUAAUAUGAUAUUUUACACAUUACAUAUUAUAUGUGAGGUCUAAAUGAAAAUUAUAAGACAGUCUUUCAGUAAUUCCGAUCUGGUAAAUUAACAGCGUAUACAGCUUUUUUCUAUGUUGCCUGUGUCAGAUCAUCAAUCCAUGUCGUUUUAUGUCUUUCCUACACAUUGAGGUUGUUUUCUAAUAUUUCUACCUCGCAUACAUCAAAUUUCCAUAGUUACCACCAAAGAUCCAUAUACAAUCUAAAUGUAGCACAAUUACCCAAGGUGCUGUGUAAAAAUACAAUUUUAAAAAGUAGAGAUGCACCGGUCCGAUACCUGGAUCAAAUAUCUAAUCUGAUAUUGACUAACUAGCUGAAAUAGAUAACGCCUCUUAUAUUGACUGGUUAGAUCGAUCCGGUAUUCGCUCCGAUAUCGACUAAUUAGAUCCAUCGGAUAUCGGCUCCGAUAUUGAAUAGCUAGAUGGAUAGGAAAUUGGCUCUGCUGUCGACUGAUUAGCUGGACUAGAUGUUGUUGAUUUGAUAUCAGCUUUCCGUGAUCCAAUCAAGUGCACUUUACAUGGAACUGACCUUUCUGUUUGCUGCUUAUUUGUUAACAAAUAAUAUAAUUUAAUUCAACAAUUGAAUUGGAUCGUUAUUGGAUAUUGGCCGAUAUGGUCCAGGUAUUGGUAUUGGAUCAGUUCAGGAUAAAAAAAAAUAUAUAUAUAUUUAUAUAGAACCCAGAUAUUAAAUAAAUGUUAGAAUACUGAAUACAUAUGAAAAAGAACAGAGACAAUAAAAAGAGCAUGGCAACUGCUUUUAAUAGAGACUGAAAAACGGAGCAAAGCUGCAUGUCUAAUAUAUAAAAGGAAUCUUUGGGAGCCUCGACUGAAAAAGCCCAAUUUCUUCCAAGUUUGUUUGAUAAAAGACUAUUUAGGGAUGUAUAAGCCACCAUAUUGAAAUGAAUGAUGUCAUGCACAGGGAGAAAAGAUUUUCUUACAUAAUUCUUUAAAGUUAACUCAAGGCAACCAGGCAGGUUGUGUGACACACUGUUAAACCUAAAGAAAAUUACAAUUUUGCUUACACUUAAAUGUAGAGCCUUCCCAUUCUUAACCUCUUCACAGCAGCUUUAUAUUGCUUGGAUGGAGCAUGUGGAUGUCAGAGGCAGGGCAAGGUGGCACUCUUUUAUACUAAAAGUUACAUUUUGAUGAAAAUACACUCCAAAAGAUAGCAAGUACAACGAUAAAGGACAAGGACAGAAAACUGCUCAGAGGAACCUCACAAGAAAGAUGGGCUGAAGGUGGACAGCAGAUUUUUAUUAACGUUAACACAAAGUUCCUUCUCUCAGAUAGGAACAAAGCCAAUCAACUUCUGCACCUUCUAUCCCAGCCUUAUUGUCCAUAUGACACAUAUAAAUAGAGAAAAGUGUGGUUCACCAACUCAAACUCUACGUUAAGAAUCCCAGCGCUUCCAGAGUCAUUUGCUAAAUGCUUAAAACCAACCUGGAAAACCUCCACAGAACCACCAGUGCCCAACCAAGGAUUCAACUGUUUAACAUUAGUUUUCUCCAUUGUUUUUUGGAAAACAAUUGGAGCUUUGAGAAAGUUUAAAAUGCCAAACAGGUUUACAUCAAAAGUAAGCAGACUAUCACUCCAUUUUUUUUUAAGAUGUUUCUAUACCUGUUCAGGAGUCUUCGCCAAUUCUUUUAGCGUUAAAAUUUCAGCAAACCAACAGGUCAUGGAAGGGACUGUUUUUACUUAAUGAUUUACAACAUAAGUUAACAACAUCAGGGAUCAUACUGGAAGUAGCAGGGACAGAGAUUUAACUCCUUAAAAAUAUGUUUUAGCCAUUUCAGGAAGUAAACAGUGAUGUCUGAAAGCUCAUCAUAUCGCACACAAGUGAAGGUAAAACCAACCAACUUAAUAUUUUUAUAGAAUAUGCUAAAUUAUUGUAGUUUACAUUAAAAAA